GCAGCAGGAACGGAGCCUCAGGUGACCUCCAUCCUCGUCCGGACGACAUCGCCGCGACCUCUCCGGUGACCCCGCGACCUCCGGUGACCCCGUGACCUCCGGUGACCCCGUGACCUCCGGUGACCCCGCGACCCCGCGGCCAUGUCGGCCACCAUCGUGCACGACCCGUCGGGGGCGGUGGAGCUGUGCGCGGCCCGCGGCCUCUACCUGAAGCCCAUCGCCAAGGUGGCCAUCGUGGUGGCGCUGCCCCCGCCCUCCGCCCCCGCGACCUCCGACCCCGCGACCCCGGAGGGCGCCGCCGCCGACCCCCCCCCGCGGCGGGCGCCCCGCGCCGUGUCCAACUGGGAGGUGAUGGAGCGGCUGCGGGCCCUGGCGGCCCCCGCGCACCCCCUGGGGGCGCUGCGCAUCGCCAAGAGCGCGCUGGACUUCGUGCGGUUCGAGGCGGAGGUGGAGAACCGCGCCUGGGUGCGCGCCUGCCUGGCCCGGCUGGACGGCCACGCGCUGCGCCUGCCGGGCCUGCGCGACGCCCUGCGGGUCCGCGCCGUCGAGUUCCCCCCGGAGGCCUCGGUGUCCUGGAUGGCGGCGGACUCACCGGACGCAGAUCGACCGUCAUCGACGGAGGCGGCGGACUCACCGGACAAAGAUCAACCGGAUCCGACGGAGGCGGCGGACUUACCGGACGCGGAUCAACCCGACACCGUCCACCUGCAGGGCCUGCCGUGCAAGUGGUUCUCGGACCCCGGGGUCGGGGGGGGCCCGGGGGGCGCGGGGGGCCCCCCCUCCGACCGCCCCUCCGAGGCCGUGCUGGCCGCCGUCUUCCGGAAGUUCGGCGCCAUCCGCCACGUGGACAUCCCCAUGCUGGACCCGUACCGGGGGGACUCGGGGGUGACGGCGGGGGUGGGGGUGGGGGUCGGGGGGGUGGGGGUGGGGGUGGGGGUGGUGGGCGCGGCCUCCGGGGCGUUCCCGGCCCCCGGGGUGGACGCCAGCUUCGAGGCCUUCGUGCGGUACCGGGAGCGCGCGGCGUCGCGCAGGGCCGUGGCCGCCAUGCGGGGCGUGAAGCUCAUGUACAAGGGCGAGGACGGCAAGGCCGUGGCCUGCAACGUCAAGGUGACCUUCGACCUGACGCAGCACCUGAGCGAGGCGUCGAUCCGCAGGCGGCAGCAGGAGCGGCAGAAGCUGCAGGAGCUCGAGCGCCAGCGCGAGGAGCAGAAGCGGCGCGAGCGCGAGGCCGAGGAGCAGCGCCGCGCCGAGGAGCGGCGGCAGCAGGAGGCGGCGGCGGCGGCGCGGGCGCGGCGACGGGAGGAGCGGCGGCGGCGGCGGGAGCAGCGUCAGCGGGCGCGGCGGCAGCGGCGGCGGCGGCGGCGGGAGGAGCAGCGGCUGCAGGCGGAGGAGCAGCGGCGGCUGCGGGACGAGGUGCGCGCCGAGGAGCGGCGGCUGCUGCUGGCCCAGCGCGACCUGCACUCCGUGCGCCUCGUCGCCGCGCUGCUGGCGCGCGCCCAGGCGGCCCGGCUGGCGCAGCGCGAGCGCGCGGAGGAGCGGCGGCGGCGCCGGGAGCAGGCGGCGCGGCGGCGGGAGCAGGAGGCGGCGCUGCGCCGGGUGGAGGAGGAGAAGCGGCGCGCGCUGGGCCUGCAGCGCCGGGAGCGCGCCCUCCGCCAGCGCCUGCUGGGCCUGCUGCUGGCCCCGCCCCCGGCCCCGCCCCCCGCGCCCGGCCACGCCCCCCGCGGCCACGGCGACGACGGAGACGGCGACCCCGCCCCCGCGACCCCCGACCCCGAAGCCCUGCUGCUGCGGCCCGUGCUCCGCCUCCUCCGCUCCGUCCAGGCCGCCCGCGUCCACCGCGCCGCGCUGCGCGAUGACGUCACCGACGCCGACCCCGCCCCCCGCGCGCCGACCCCGCCCCCUGGCGACCCGGAUCCGCCCACCACGACGACUCCGCCCCCCGUUGAGGCGGCCAUCUUGGAACCGGAAGUCCCGCCCCCCCGCCCGGCAGGAAGCGGAGGCGCCCAGGCCGCCGUCCCCGCCCAGAGGCCGGCGCCACGGCGACGAGGACGACGACGACCGGCGACGCCGCCGCCACCACCGCCGCCAGCGCGACCCCGGGGGGCGGGGCGGCCGCCACCGCCGCUCCCGCUCGCGCUCCCGCUCCCCGCUCGCCCGCCCGCCACCGCCGCGGCGCCCGGAAAUGGAGGCCUGGGAUAUCCCGGGACAGGAACUGGAGGCACAGGAGGGCCCGGGACAGGAAGCUGGGGCCAGGGACAGGAAAUGGAGCCCUGGUAG